UCGUUUUUUCGGGCGGUUGGGCUUUCGAUAGGUUCAUAGGGGUCACAGACUCAGAGUUGACACCUCCUAUUUUUCACUCGAAGCCAAGUUCUGAACGAGAAUCCCGAGCGAAGGAGAGCAUACCCACCAGAUAUUUGAUUUGAUGUCAAUAAAAGUGUAGAGACUAGAGAAGCUCUAGGGUUUCAAAAGUUCAUUAUCCAAGGUUAUCCCCAAUAAUUGUACAACUGAGGAACUAAAGGAGUGUGUGAUAAAACAUGGCCAAACAUCACCCAGAUCUGAUAAUGUGCAGGAAGCAACCAGGGAUUGCCAUUGGACGGCUUUGUGAAAAGUGUGAUGGGAAAUGCGUAAUAUGUGACUCGUAUGUUCGACCUUGUACCCUUGUGCGGGUCUGUGAUGAAUGCAAUUAUGGGUCAUUCCAGGGACGAUGUGUGAUCUGUGGAGGCGUGGGGAUAUCUGAUGCCUACUACUGCAAGGAGUGUACUCAGCAGGAGAAGGAUAGGGAUGGAUGUCCAAAGAUCGUCAAUUUGGGGAGUGCUAAAACAGAUCUCUUCUAUGAACGUAAAAAAUAUGGCUUUAAGAAAAGAUGACGAUAGAUGUGAAAUAAUUCUUUUUACUUAAAAAGCAACUCCCUCGUUUUCUCUUUUAUUCUGCUGCUUACUCUAUGGCGUCCUUACGAACUGACACCAUUCAUGUUUGAUGAAAGGUGUACUGUCGGUCAAGUUUGUAAAAGUGAGUAUGAUAGGUGGAAUUGUUGAUCCUGUAAUCCUGUUUAGUACUUAGUACUUACUAUUACCUCAAGUUGAAAUCAGCAAAAUGAAAAAUUUGAUGACGGUCUUAUUUUUAAGCAAUAUCUAUUUGAUUUA